UCCCAAUGGACAAUGGCUGAAUGUGGAGACGACAUUGUCUUUCAGUCGUCUUUAGACAUCAACAAAAAGCCACACCAGGUUCAGCUCACACGGAGGCAUCUUACAUGGGACUUGGCUUCUCCAGGAAAACCGUCUCGGAAAGCGGACAGUCCGUCAUCGCAGCCAUUUAUCGGUCACUCAGGAUGUAAACACGUGCCAUUACAAGAAGUGAUUGCUGUUAAUCUAGAGCGCAGUCUCAACAAAGCAUCAACUCCAAAGUCGGCCAAGAAGAGCUCCUCCACCCCUCUGAAGGAAUCCCCCAUCUAUAUAGAGCUCCAGGCUAUUCAUCCUGUCUCAUUCUCUGUCCAUUUUGUCAAGCGAUGCCCCAACCACAAGUGGAAAAAGAAAAAGGUGACAUUUUUCUGCCAGGGAGAAAAUGUAUGCAGGACAUGGGUGGACAAGAUUGAGGAAGCACUUUCCAAUCCAGCACUAAAAAGACCAAGGAGCUUACUGGUGUUUGUCAAUCCAUUUGGUGGGAAGAAGCGAGCGCCCCGGGUGUAUGAGGAGUCAGUGGCCCCUCUUCUGGAACUGGCCAAAAUCAAAACCCAUGUCAUCACUACCACACAUGCAGGACAUGCAAAAGAGGUUUUAGAAAAGUACAAUCUGCAGUCAGUGGAUGGGGUGGUGUGUGUGGGUGGGGAUGGAAUGUUUACAGAACUCCUGAAUGGUCUGGUUAACAGGAGGAUGUCAGAGGCAGGGAAAACUCAGACUCGAACAGAACAACCCUUAUCUCCUGACCUAAGAAUCGGAAUCAUUCCAGCAGGUUCUACAGAUGCCAUAUGUUAUUCCACAACAGGAAUCAAUGACCCUAUGACGUCAGCAAUCCACAUUAUCGUAGGUGAUUGUACAGCCAUAGAUGUCUGCUCAAUCUAUGAUGGGGACCAGUUUUUACGUUACAGUAGCUCAAUGUUGGCGUAUGGUUACUAUGGUGAUAUGUUAAAAGACAGUGAAAAUAACAGGUGGAUGGGACCAAAACGUUAUCAAAUUGCAGGUGCCAAAAAGUUUUUGGGUAACAAGUCUUAUGAAGGGGAGGUGUCAUUUAAAUUGGCCUCCUCAACAGAUUCAAACCCUCGGGACAAAAUCACCUGUAAUUCAGGCUGUAAUAUUUGUGCCAUGAGUAAGAACUCGCAGGAAGAAAAAGGAUCUGAAGGCUGGCACACUGUGAGGGGGAAGUUUCUAGCAGUAGCUAGCUUCACCAUGAGCUGUAGAUGUUUGAUCAGUCCCAUGGGACCCUCCCCCUACUGUCACCUGGGAGAUGGGACUUCAGACCUGCUCCUGAUACAAGAGUGUUCUCGUGUCCAGUUCCUACGUCACCUAUACAGGUGUUCCACAACCAAUGGCAACCAGUUUGAUCUACCAUUCAUCAAAAUUUUUCGAGUCAGGGAGUGGAGUUUUUCUGUCCCAAUGAACACAGACUCUGAGAGUGACAGCCAGUCUAGGUCCUCCACAUCCAGCAGGGCGAGUCGAGCCUCCACUCACAGUGUGUGGAACUGUGACGGGGAGGUAGUUACCUCCACUGAUCUCCAGAUCAGAACCCACUGCCAGCUGAUCAAGCUGUUUGCCCGAGGGAUUGAGGAGCUGGAAGUUAACGCCUCCCAGUCCUGUACCUCCUGUUGUGAUCUGUGUGACCCUGAGGAUAAGUACACAAGUAUAGGAGGUCACACCUGAGUGACGUUCGACCCCUCACCGGUAGUUAAAGGCCACACAAGGAAUUAUGACCAUCACACUUGAUUGAAGUGAGGCACCUCAAGUGAUUCAUGCAUGUUACUUUGCUUUGGAGUAAUUUUCUAUUUAGUGAAUACUUUCGUUAGUACUUUUUCUAUUUGUGAAAGAAAUAACAUAAGUAAUUGUUUCUGUGGGGAAGUUGUUUUUGUAUUGCUAUUCAGAAAUGGAAGUUAAAAAAGAAAAAAAAAAUCCAUGAAGAAUAAUGAAAAUACAUGUAGCAUCUUUAUGAGCCUCUAAAAAGACAGAGAUUUAUACCCACAGAAAGGAUUACUUGUAGGGUAUGUAAAGAAGGAGGUGAAUUAAUAGCAGUCUGUGAUAUUAUUUAUGUUUUUAAUGUCAUACAUGUAUUAUGUUUAUGCUGUAUUUUUCUGAGAAAUCUAUUACAUCAUUAUCAGUUGCCCACUGCUGUCAGUAUGGACAUGCUUAAGCACAUUAUCAGUUCACAGUAUCAAUUACCCUUAUAUACAUGUAUUUUUUGAUGAGGGAGUAAAAUUAUCUUAUCAAAAGUAUACUAGGUGAAUGAAAGAGAUCUUUAAGCAAUAUUUUUGAAUACAUGUACAAUGCAACACAUUCCAUACAAACUUUUCACAAGCACACAGUCAUGCAUAAUAAAUGUGGUGUGAAGUACACACUUGUAUAGGUUCAUGAUUUUUUUUUUUAUCUAAAAUGAUAGAAACUUUUGAACUACUUUGAAAGUAUCAAAAUAACUUUGUAUUCUGUGCAAUAUUGUAUAUUUUAAGCGCAUUCAUUUUUCUAAAGAUGAGUAAGGGUAGAUGAAUGGGAAAAUCAUUAUUCUUAGAGAUUAGCAAUACAGUGGUUGAUUUAGUUUCCUUCUCUCUUUGUUGGGGGAAUUUUUUCUCUCUAUGAUACAGUGUACAAAGUCCAUCUGUCCUUCAACUGACAAGAAUGCAUAAUUAUGAUUAGUUGAGCAUUACUGAAAUCAAAUUAAUGGGUAGCUGAAAUGUCAGUAUUUGUCAUCAUACAGAGGUUUGAUACAUUGAAAUUCUGUUCAAGAAAUUGAUUUUAAACUCAAAUUUAUUUUUUCUGAAAAUAAUAUCUAAAGGAUCUUAAUCCAGAGAAGCUUACAUGUAAAUACUGGUUCAUUGAUUAAAUCAUUUUUAAUUAAGAAGUGAAUUUCAAAGAUUUAUAGUACCCUGCCUAGUCUAUGAUACAUUAUAUAUUCUAUAAAUAAUUAUUAUAGCAAUGGAAACUUAUUGCACUACAACUUUAACUGCCAGAAAAUUACUAUCUGCUUCAGCACUGUGUUGUCAUAUCUUGAUUCUCAUUUCAUCACUUUCUUCAAAGGUUGUUCACAUAGUACAUGUACGUAAAUUAGUUGGGCUUGAAAAUACCUGGGUACUCAUUUUCUGAAAGUAUUGAAAUUUUAUGUGAAGGUUUUCAAAUAGGUCAGCAUGCAGGGAACCAACCAUUUUCCAUUUUUACAUACCACUUGACAUACAUGUAGUAAUUCUACUCAUCUAAUAUUAUAUGUGAUAGCAUUGAUCUCUAUGUAUUCAGAACUUAAAACAUGUUUACUGUAUGGAGAGUCUAUGACAACAGGGAGAUGACAUAAGCUUAGCCUAUUUGAUCACAGACAACAUGCAUGCACUGAUUAAGCUCAUGUGGAAUUUUUGACCUUUUAAUUAAUACUUGCAGAUGAUAAAAAUAAGCAGACAAUUAUCUCAAUGUUUUACAAUUUGUUGCAGUGGUAUAGUUCAAAGUAAAUCCAAUCCAUCAUUAAGCAAAGUUACCUUAUAUCUGAAUCAAUGCAAAUGUAGUAAUGUUCAAUGCAAUUAAUAAUCAAUAUAAUUUAUGCAACUGUAGAUAUAUAUAUUUUUAAAUACAUCUGUUUUGAAAUCCCAAGAAGUUGUUCAGAUCCAAUGGAAAAUGGAGUAGCCUUCUAUUCUGAAACUAUUAAUCAGGAAUAUAUAUCUUAAUUAGACUUUAUUUCUAAAAUAAGAAAGUAGAAUGGUUUUUUUAAUUUGAAGAAAACAGAAUACAUGUUCCUUUAAGGAAUAACUUAAUAAUUGCUUUUUCUUUACUGGACAUAUCUGCACUACUCUUUUGUUACAUUUUGUUUCAUGUAAAGUGAAUGUAAAUCAAUGAUAACUUUAUUUAAUAAUUACAGUACAUUCCUGACAGUUUGUAGAUGAGACUAAAUUGUGAAUUUUAUUUUUGUCUGUAUAGAAGAUGGAAGUAGAUUUGAAUAUAUUUUUAUGCUUGUGUUUUAGCUAUGUUUCUGAACAAAUCCUAUAUAUUAAUUUUUCAUAGGACAUUAGGUGAACUUCGGUAAGGACAGCAUCUAUUAAUGGGUUUAAUUUGUUGUAUGGAUGCCUUGCAUCCCCAGAUGAUCUAAUUCUGAAAUUUGCAAUGGAGUAUCUUAACAAAUUUUACAUUAAAUAAAAUGAGUAUAUCAGAAAGAGGAUAGAAAAGUAUCUGCCUUCUGAUAUAUGUUGUAGGAACUAUAAUUCUACAUUACAGAAGUUCUACAUGUAUACUUUUGUAAUUUGAAUGGUUGCUGUCCUUGCAAUGUUUACCACAAAUGUGUGUUACGUGUACUUGGUAAACUUAAUACGUCAAGUAUAUCCUAUAUAUUUUAACAAUUUUUUUUCUAAAAGUGUGAAAUAUGUAGCUGCCACUUUACUGUGUACUUUCAACAUGCUUGGGUUGCACUUUAAUGACCUUUUCCCAAUCAGGAUUAUGGUGAAAAUGGUGCACUGAAAAAUUAUAGACUUUUUUGGCCAACAAUCAAUGCUAUUAAUCAAAAGGUAACUUUGCCAAAAAUGUAAUGUUUAAAGAAAGCAAUUUUCAAUAUCCCCGUAGAAAGAGGAAUGCAUUUUAUUUUUAUAUAUUUUACUAAAUAUAGCUUAUUUUUCAAGUCAUUCAAACAGUUUAAAUAAUAUGACAGGUGUAAUUAUUGAAAGUCAUUCAUACUUUAUAUUUUUAUUGAUUAAUCAAUGCAAAGAAUUUAUUUUUAUGAAUUCAAGGUUUUUAAAACAAUGCAAUUUUUCCAAAUGUUACAAAGCUUAUGUACGUGAAGCAUAUAUCAGAUGUGUAUAUAUUGUAGUAGACGGUUAUCUUAUUCUAUGCCUUGUUAACAUGGAAUCAAAAAGGAAUGACCAUAAUAUUUUUUUUUUUGCUGCACAUUUGUUGGAUUGAAACGCUUUAGAUGCUGUUUUUAUUUAUAAUUAUAGUAAGUGGUCUCUGUGAACCAAAAUUGUUAUGCGUUCUAAGGCUUCAGAUGUCAUUGUUGAUUUCUUAGUAAAUUAUACUUUAUUCUA